AUGUCCCAAUCUCAAACAGAACAAGAGUGGAAGCCUACAAAGCUGCGGCCUCAGUCGACCAUGGCACAAGCUUUCUCAUCGGCAUUGGAUAGUGCCUUCCACUUGGACACGGAUGUCGGCCACCUCUCCCAGACAGUUGAUCAGAAAAAGCAACAGAUGAUGAUUCAAAGCCGAGAGCUCGAGAUUCUUCAACGGCGGAUUCAAGAGGCUGAAGAGCGUCUCAAGAAGCAACCUUUGGCUCAGGCAGCCAGAGAGGGUCAGACAGCCGGUAAGGGUGACUCUUUUUGA